AUGACAGGGUGUAAACCUGCCAACUUCAAUCUGAUAGAGUCAGUAGAUGAUGUUCCUGUGAACAAAGAGAGAUAUCAACGGCUUGUGGGGAAACUAAUAUAUCUUUCGCAUACCAAACCUGAUAUAUCAUAUGCGGUUAGCUUGGUCAAUCAGUUUAUGCAAGCUCCGUACAAAAGACACAUGGAGGCAGUUACACGGAUCUUGAGGUAUCUGAAGUCUUCUCUUGGAAAGGGUUUGGUUUUCAGAAAGCAUGAUAAAAGGUGUAUCAAGGCCUACAUAGAUUCAAACUGGGUUGAUUCUGUUAUAGAUAAGAAGUCCACCUUAGGAUACUGUACUUUUGUGUGGGGAAACUUAGUUACCUGGAGAAGUAAUAAGCAAGGUGUCGUGGCUAGAAGCAAGGUGUUAUGGGGACAACUUUCACUUCUAAAGCAUUCAAGGCAAGGGAGGAAGGGAGGAAGAAUGGAGGAUGACAUAGCUAGGUCGCAGGAUUUCAAAUCCUGGGCCUGGGGCGUUACAGAUGGUAUCAGAGCUGAACCUCUCCCAGUAAGAUGUAGUCCGGGGACGAACAAGUGGAAGCUGGUGGGCAUGUAA